AUGGCCGAUGAAUCGGCAACCAAUUCGCACGAUUCCAUUUGCCCAAUCUGCCUUGGGCCCUUAAUUCAAGAAUCCUAUCUCGACCAUUGUUUGCAUAAGUUUUGCUUCAAUUGCAUUCUCCGCUGGACCAAUAUCGUUUCCUCCAAGCACCAAACUCCACCUUCUUCCGUAAAAUGUCCCCUUUGUAAGACAGAUAACUUUUCUAUCAUAUAUGGACUUGAUGGAACCUCCUUUCAACGCCAUCAUAUUAAUGCCGAUCUUCAAGAAUGUUUUGUGUUAUCAAAAGCACACAGAUAUAGGUUACAAUGCUAUUAUACUCAACAAGGUUUCUUAGAAGACAUAUUCAAUGUAUCACUCUAUUGGAAAUCUCGUAAGUAUAAUCAGCCAAACAACUCGCUUCAAACUUGGUUAACAAGGGAAAUUCAAGCACUUACUCAGGAAGAGGAUGUUGACAUCAUUGUGCACCAUAUCUCUGGUGUAGUAAAACCAUUAUGGACAAGUAAAGAACAGAAGCCACACAUAAAAGAACCUGAAAAGAAACAGGAAGAGUUCACGAUGUCGGUCUCUGAAGCAGCCAGGCCUUUUCUGGGAGCAAGAACAGACAGAUUUGUGUAUGAGAUUCAACUAUUUCUUGCUUCAGGAUUGAAUAUUGAAGCUUAUGACGCAGUUUAUAUUCAACGAUUAGGUUGGAGCUCACCUGGGGAAAACACUGAAGUUUCUCAAACUGAAUUGAUUGAUCGCUCUACUGUGAUUCCAUAUCUGUACAUAUUUGAUGACGACUCUGAUGGAAAUGAGUAG